AUGAGCGGUCCUCCUCCGCCUCCGCCACCCCAUGGCGAGUCACCAAAAACCACUGCUGGUUCCCCUCCUCCUGGCGCUGGUUUGGGGCCCGGCAACUACGACAUCUUUGUCAUUCCACAGCGCGACAAAGGUGGUGGCUUCAUCUACCUACCUUCUCUCGCCCCCAAUGGCCCCAGCUUCGCAGCCGGCUUUGCUUGCGCCCUCGUCAUGGUUGUCCUAUUCCAGAGCAUGGCGCCUGCCUUUCGGACUUGGUGGGGAACAUAUCAGGGCAUGGGAAAUAUGGGAAUGAGCCUCUUAGUUAUUGCUGUUGGUGUAGGAGCAUGGGCAUGGGGUAAAUCACAAUCCCAGCCCACAUCUACGAAUGGUGGGAACGGCUCAAAUAAUGGCGGCUACCGUCCCGGCCCAGGAGGAUAUGGCACUUACGCAGGAAGUGGAAAUUUCGCUGGUGGCUUCCCUGGAACCGGCGCUCCACCCCCUCCUCCGCCUCACGGGAACCAGCACAAUGGCCAUUCUUCCAAUGGAUCCUAUGGCUCCGCCAACGGCGGUCCUAGAUCAUCCUGGCAAGAGCGGCCGCAAGAGCGACCUCAACAGCCUCCGCCUCCCCCUCCCCCUCGUCGAGAGCCGGAGCCGGAACCCGAGCCAGAGCCUGAACCGGAGCCCGAGCCUCGCAAACCUGAUCCUCCUCCGAAGGCAAAGCCCGAGCCUAAACCCGAGCCUAAGGCUCAGGCUAAACCUGAGCCAAAGCCAGAGCCAAAGCCUGAGCCAAAGCCUGAACCGAAACCAGAUCCCAAGAAGGCUCAAAAGGGUGCUUGGGAGAAAGCCCGGGAGGAGACGAGAAAGCGUGAGGAAGAGCGUAAAGCCAAAGAGGAGGAAGAGAAGCGUAGAGCUGAGAUUACUCGUAAGCUUAGGGAAUUUCGCGAGAGAGAAGCCCGCGAGCGCGCACGAAGAGAGCAGGAGGAUCGUGAAAGGCGAGAAAAGCUUGAACAAGACAUUCGCGAGAAGGAAGAACUCAAGCAGAAGCUUGAGAAGGAACGACAAGAACGAGAAAAGCUCCAGCGCGAGAAGGAAAAGGCUGAACAAGAAGCCAAAGAGGCCAGAGAGCGCGCAUUCAAGGAAGCAAAGGAGCGUGAAGAACAGGCCGCCAAAGAACGUGAGGCUAAGGAGCGCGAAGAGGCGCGGAAGAAGGAAGCUGCCGAAGCUGCCGCUCGCAAGGCUCGUGUCGAGGCACAACUCGAGGCCUUUCGCAAAGCUAAGAAGGAACGCGAAGAGGCAGAAAAGGCAGAGAAGGCGAAGAAGGCUGCCGAAGAGGAAGCAGCUCGCAAAGCCAAGGAAGAGGCUGCCCGGAAGGCAAAGGAAGAGGCUGCCCGGAAAGCAAAGGAAGAAGCGGAUCGCAAGGCCAAGGAAGCAGAAGAGGCCGAGAAGAACGCUCGCAAGGGAAGUACCUAUGCUUUCUCAUCGGUCGGUGAGAAGACGAGUAUGUGGCCAAACGGUCGACCGCCUGCCCCUCCCUCCGUCGCCUCAACACCACCACCCAGACCUCCCCCCUCUGCUUCGUCGUCUGUUCCCCCCAAACCUCCCCCCUCUGCUUCGUCGUCUGUCCCCCCCAGACCUCCCCCAUCAACCAGUUCGGCUCCACCAAGGCCAGCACCUUCUGCAGCUUCAUCAAACAACACGGCCAGACCGCCCCCGAGGCCAUCAGCGCGAACCGUCGACGAAGACCAAUAUUCGUACCGACCCUACGAUAAACCGAGACACAAACCAGCUUCGUCAGUUGGAUCCGAGUCAUCGUGGGCCCCGUCCGCCACCACCACGAGAACGACGCCGCCGCCUAGCAUGCGCGGUCCGUACACGACGAAGGACCCCGAUAAGAUUGUCAUCAGAGCUGUCUAUCUGUUCAUGAACCAGUUCGCCAAGACUCCCGCCAGCCAGCUCGUGUCGGGGUUUGGUACGGUGACGGAUGGACUGAUUCUGCGGAUAACGACCGAAGGCCUAUUCAUCGACGACGACGUCCGCGGCGUCCCCCAACGCGAGUGGGACGUCAAGGCCUGGACGCUAAAGCUGGUCGAGGUAUGGUGCCCCCCGCACUGCUUGAAUUCCACUGCUGCUCCUGCCCCUGCGAAUUCUGCGAACCAUCCUUCGGGUUUGUUUCAAAAAAUGGCGAAUCAGCGAGCCCGUACGGCGGACAGAGGCGCCACCAAGAUGCUCACGGGGGACGAAGCCGAUGCCUACCUGACCGAAAUGUUGCGUGCUUGCAAGAGUUGUUGUCGUCUUGGCUUGUGCGAAACAAAGUUCAAAGAUACUAACAUCCCAUCUUCGGCUGGACAGACUGGGGAGUGGAAGAACAAGAGCCUGCACGUGCUGCGUGCCACAGUCCGAGAUCAAGAGGGCAAACGAUACAUGUUUGUGUUGGACGAGGAGGAGGCCUGGAAGGUCGCCGUCGGCGUGCAGAGGCUGCGUAAGGGCACCCAGGUGCGCUCGCUGGGUGUCAGCGGCAUGAGUGCCUCGGACGCGAGAGGCACUCUCGAGACGCUUGGCUGGGGUUGA